CACAGCGCAGGAAGGUUUUGAGCUGGAGGAUGUUUUCAGAGCUGUGAUUCGGAGACAUGUCGGUGAGUCCAGACCCCCGUGGGACAACAGGAGAGAGGAGCCGCAGUCAAACUAAUCAGGUUGCAUUCACCCCUGAAUUUACCAAGAUGUCAACGAAAAGCAGUGCACGCUUUGGUGCCUUGAGUCAUCACUCAUUCUUCUCUCGACACAACCCUCAUCCACACAGAGUGAAACACAUUCAAGGACUCAAUGGCAGGCCUGUUUGCAUGGUCAGAGAUGAUUGGUUUGUCACCUCAUCAUUAUUUCCUCAUCCGCUUCUAAAGAGCCACGUGCUGAAGAAAGCGAGUCAUGCAUCUUUUGCUUUUCCGCUCACUCAGAGUCUACAUGGAGUCAGCAGUAAUAAAAACAAAUCAGCACAAUUUUCAGAGGCUUGGAGGGAUGAACUUAAAGACCUUGCUGCAAAAAUCAGUUUCUCUUCUCAAGCACAAAAGGACAAACAAGAGGUUCAACCCGAGGAAGAAUUUGUCCGCCGAAAGACCCAAUAUUCAGCUGAAACUGGGAGAAUCAUCCCUCCAUCCUCCAACGCUUACCAACGCAGAUCCCAAUCCCAGCGCCUGAUGCAUCCUCAGCCUUUUCAUGAUCAAGAACUCAUGGUGUUUGAGCUGCUUUGUCAGAUCCUGCAGACAGAUUCCCUGUCUACAGUCCAGCAGUGGCUUUUGCUUGCAGGCCAAAGAGAGAAAGACCUGGUGAUGGGGAUGAUCAAACAAGCUCUAGAUGGAGUCGACCUCUCGGCCCAUCAUCAGCAGAACAUCCAGCAGCUUCAGACUCUUCAUCCUGGUGCAUCUCCAUCUGUGUAUGGUGCACCAUUUAACCAUCCCUGGAGGAAACAACAGAGGACGAGCUCAUACGAAGGGAACCGAGCUCUCAGCGUUGACAAACCAGAGAGGAUUGGAGAUGCAGAGGUCCUUGAAGUCCACACAGAAGCUCAGGAUAAUCUUCAAGAUUAA